GUAAUGCUUCAGUAUCAAUGUAUAUUCAAAGAGCCACUUUAGGGAGACGCUUCUUAUUCUGGGUGCAUUCCGUAGCAAAAUUAAGGUUUGGCUGGGACAACUCAACUGGCACGGCUACGCGCUACGCGUCUCAUGAGAUUGUUUACACAACAACAAACAAUAGAAGCAGCUCCACAACAAACCAUUUGCCAUGAUGAAGAAGAUCGAUCGCUCAGAAGAAAAACUUCAGCGACCGGGCGUGUCUCUCAUGAUACGCUUCGCGAAGAUUGCGAGAGAAACAUGUUGAGAGCAGCUACUCUCGCUUCGCGCGCGAGCCGGGAUUCAUCAACGGCGUCGUCGUCAAACGUUACAGAAGCCAACCCCGUCAUUGAUCUGGAUUCUUUGGAAACUGGCUCGAACUUGGAACAUGAAUGGAGCUCGGACUCUGAUGAGGGAAGUCCUCUGGGUCCUCAUAGUUCACGAGAGCGGAUGAUGGACGCAUCAUUUCAAGAGCUGCUGCUAGUUUUUGUUAAUCUGAUGCUCAAAAUCAGUAAGAGAGAAGAGGAAAAGGUUAUCAAAAAAGCGGAGAGACGACGUAAAAGAGAGGAUAAAAAACGUGAGGAUUUUGCCAAACUGGUAGCGGUGAUUCCCAAACUGAGAGAGGAAGGGUAUGAUAUCGAAACUCGCCGAAAAGUGCUUAAGGCUAUUAUCACAUAUCGGGAGAUGGGGGGAUGGAUGAGCGCAUAUUUAUGGGCCGAGGGUGAGGACGCUAGAGAGUUUGUCGAGGUUCUCGCUAAGUAAUGCGAUUUUGUAACUUAUGUUGAAUUCGUCUAUUCAUGUUUUCUUUUUGAUUAUAAUAAACAUCUCCUAUUUCCCG